AUGAACACACCAAGCAAAGCUGAAGCAGAACAGUUACUGGAAAUCGGAGAAGAGCUUUUACAGAAACGAGAUUUAAAAGGUUCAAGAGAAAUGGCAGUUCUAGCUCAGGAAACCGACCCUCUUCUAGAAGGUUCCGACCAGAUCAUAGCAAUAGUUGAUGUUCUCGAAGCAGCUGAGAAGCCUCUAACUCUCAACAACAACAACCUCAAUUGGUACGCUAUUCUUCAAAUAGAUCGAAAUUCCUCGCCAGAUCUGAAUCUCAUAAGGAGAAAGUAUCGUACUCUUGCUCUUCUUCUUCAUCCUGACAAGAACCGUUUUUCAUUUGCUGAACUUGCUUUCAAGCUCGUUUCUGAUGCUUGGGCUGUUUUGUCUGAUCCUGCUCAAAAGGCUCAGUAUGAUAAGGGCUUUGAACUUGAGGAUAAUGGUUUGGAAAAUGGAACGGUAAAUUUUUGGACUGUUUGUCCUUAUUGUUACCGUUUGUAUGAGUAUUCUAGGGUUUAUGAGGGUUGUUGUUUGAUGUGUCAGAAUUGUAACAAAUCUUUUCAUGGUGUUUCGAUUCAGGAUCUUCCGCCAAUUGUUCCCGGAGAAGAAGCUUAUUAUGUUUCUUGGGGAAUAUUUCCGAUGGGUUUUGUAUUUGAGAGUUUAGAAAAUGGUGAAUGUGGUGGUGAUUCUGCUACGCCGAAGCCAUAG